AUGUCAGCUCCGUCAGGUAUCAAAGUACCCCCAUCGCUCUCAUCGGCAUUCUCAACCGCCUUGAACGGUGCAGGUGACGUCCGAGCUUUGGUAUUUACCAUCGAAGGGGAAUCAUUCAAACACCUUACAACGGUCCAACCGAAAUCGACAUACAAAGAUGAUAUCGCCUUACUACCUGAUACUCUUCCUUCAACGAAGACACCAGCAAGUUUCGCUUAUAGGUUGGAUACGAAAGAUGCAGGAAAGUACGAAUGGAUGAUGAUCACUUUUGUUCCCGAUGAUGCGGGGGUAAGAGCCAAGAUGCUUCAAGCGUCCUCUCGAUCAGGUCUAUUGAAAUCGCUCGGCGCAAAUAACUUCAAACACGAUUGGUUCGCUACUUCCAUAAAAGAUCUCACCCCUUCAGCACUUACAGCCCACCUGAACCACCUCGCCUCGCCUCCUCCUCUCUCAGCGUCCGAAGCUGCCUUGGCGGAAGUACGAGAAGCGGAAGCUGCCGAGGCUAAGCGGGCUGCGCUCGACCCGGAAACAGAAGCUAGGAGGAGGAAAGUCGUCGUCGGAUUAGGUGGGAAAUUGGCUUGGGGAGAUGGCGUUCAGGAGGCUUUGGAGAAGGUUGGCAAGAGGUCUGAUGAUGGUUGGGUGGUUGUCCUGGAAAUCCCAUCCUCUUCGCCAAGUUCCAUCUCCCUCGUCAAAUCCGAAUCUUCCACUCCAUCCGAACUAUCUUCCAAGAUACCCAAUAAAUCACCCUCCUUCAUAUUCUACUCUUAUCCUACUCCACCUUCACCCAAACCCGUCAAAGCACACGCAACUUCAACCCCAAGUAAGAUGGCCGAGCAGCGAAAUACAUUCCAAGCUACUCAAGGUGGUGUAAGGGUUGUUCCAGUGUCGAACGUUCCGGUUGAUAACGAGAACGACAAACCGGCUGAUGGUGAAGUCGAAUCGAGCCAAUCUCAAGAAGCAGAAGAAGAAAAACCAGUACCAGAGCCAGAAGUGAAGGAAAAGGAAGAAGACGCAGCGGUUGAGGAAAAAGGAAAAGUCAUUUUCAUCUAUUGUUGUCCUUCUUCUUCACCUGUUAAAUUCAGGAUGAUAUACUCCACCAGCGUUAGGAGCGUGCAACAGGAUGCGAGUGAUAAAGCUGGUGUGGAGAUUGUAGGAAAGAUCGAAACGUCCGAUCCGACAGACUUGACAGAAUCCCACCUAAAACAAUCCAUCCCUUCAUCUUCAUCUUCGUCAAUUUCCAAACCCAUUCACUCAUCUUCCCUUCCUACACCUACUACCACCUCUUCACGUACUUUCGGUAAUCCAACUUCAAGCGCUGCGCCCUUCGGAGCUCCGAUUGGAGGUGCAUUCGGCCGACCUCGACCCCUAAACGUACCUGCUCGAUCGGCCAGCUCGAUUCCCUUACCUGCUAGUGGAUCUUCGACACCUUUGGAUAUUGGCGAAGAAGGGGAUAGUAAAGAUAACAUAAGGAGGGCAUUUGAUGCGUUUGGUCCUAGAGUCAAUUCGCCUGGUGGUGCAGGUGGGGGGUUCGCUAGACCUAGACCUGCUGGUAGGAGGUGA